UUUUCGAAAACGAAAGUUGUUUUCUGAAAAAAAAAGAUAAAGUACUUAUGAAGAACGAUGGUCUAAUUAUCAAUUUAAACUGCAGAAAUGUUUAUACAUUUUACAAUAGAGUGUAGAUUGUUAUCGGAAAGGUUUAUGUUUGCAAGUUAAAUUAAAUCAAGGGACGUGCAUUUGUAUUUAUGAAAAACAGUGUUUAACUCAUUUUUACCUAUAUAUGAAUGUAAUGUGUGAAGCUCAUUUAUUUACUACACCAUGAGAGACUGACCAGAAGACCGGAUAUGUUUUUAAUUCUUCAGUUUCUUUAGACGAUAUUUGAAGCCAUUAAGAGCCGAAAUUGAGCAAAUGGAUUCACAACCAAAGAGUCUGGACGUCGAUCUUAUUGAACAACGCGUUCUCUGGUGGAGAAAAGCAAUCGUGAGAUGCAUCAAGACCCAAACAUUGGCGACUAAACUGGCACAAUACGACGUAAUCGAUGCUGAUGAGAAAUCGCGGCUUGCCGACCUCUACAUUACUAAAACACCAGAUAUAGCUAGUGACACGUUACUGGAGAUCGUUCUAAACAAAGAGUGUCCUGCAAAGUGGCAGUUCUUUAUACAAGCUUUGGAUAAAGAAGGUUAUCACUAUGUGAAAUCCCGUCUACUAGCGGACCAAAUAGAAAUCCCGGAAGAACGCAAGCGCGGUGAAAAGCUCAUUCAGUUGUUCGGUUCAGAACUUGAGGAAGACAUUGAUCCCAUACCCAUUGCAGUGCACCUACAGGCCUUUAACGCACUGAAAGCGGUAGACGUAGAGGAGAUCACGAACCUGACCCAGAAUAGGGCCAAGGCGUACGGUAUGAUGUGCCUUCUGGACCGUGUCCAGUGCUACCUGAGGCCGGCAGAGUGGUGGGACAACUUCCUAUGCGCACUGUGGAAAAAUGGACACCAAGAAAAGGCUAAGAAGUUGGAACCCGACUAUGUACCUUCGAAAUUAUUAGGUUUAGAACCGAUUGUCGUUGAUUCACCAAGCCCGUUGGGGGACAAGGACUCCAGUGUAGAGCAUGUUAUGGAGGAACAAGGAGACGCCUAUUCCAGUAACAAUGUUUGCGAUGCACCAGUAGGCAGAAAAGAUUUAACAAUAUACCAACGUGACGAAAACGCCAAAGGUAUUUCUCAAUUGACAGAGGAAUUUGCGUUAAAGCUGACGCUUGAGGAACCUUCCUCAAUAAAUUCGGAUAUAACUAAAGAAUCAACAUCAACACCUGCUGCCGAAAAUCUGAAAACUUUGAAGCUUGUGAAACUACACUGCAAGAAGUGUAACGCCUUUGUAUGUUUCCUAUCUGAUAUACACAAACUUGACACCCAGCUUGUAGCUACGGACCCGAAUUUUCCCAGCAUUAUUUCUACGCAACCUCACAAAAAACAAAAACAAUACAACGGGAUACGUAAACAGCUGAAGAUGUUUUGCAAACAGUGCAACCAAGUUUGGGGGAAUGUGUGCGAAAAAGGCGGGAGGCAGUUGCAUGUGAUUCGUAUUAACAAUUUCUCUAUGGACGAUAAGACAUCCAAUGAAAAGAAACGGUUUUCAACCUGGGAAAAGUGUCCAUACACGAAGAUUAUUACGGCGUAUACUUUAGAUUAGAUAUCCGAAUAAAUAAAGUGUUUAAUUAGCUUUUUAAAUUGUAUCGUAGAGAUGGAGCACUGAUUUCAUGCGUGGUCUGUUCUGUAACACAUAACGAUAUGUUGAUUUGUGUGUUUGUUGUAAAUGAAUGCAACUAAGAUUAUAUAAUGAAAUUGCAUGAACCGACUAAAUAAAGGAGAUUAUGGAGACAAAAUUCAUAACAAUACAAUAGUACAUCCCCCCCCCCUUUCUGUAUUGACAUGAAUGACACAAAAAAUUCGUCUAGACAACCUUUAUUGAAACCAUUCAAAUUUGCAUUCAACACGGGUUGUUUAUCCGUAUCACACAGAUGAAAAUUGACAUUUAAAUAUUCAUUGAAAAGAAUUGAGGUGCGGCCAAAUUUGCGUCUUUUCCUAACUAUUGACAUUAAAAAACAUGCGCCAUUUACGGAUCGUUGUCAAAAAUUUGAUCGAAUCAUGUAUUUUGUUAAAGAGGACAAUAAGUAUUUGAGGUAUUGAUUUGAGAGUUAAUUUAUAAUAUAAAAAGUAUUGUAACAUUGCAUCAACUGCGUUAAAGGGGCCUUUUCACAUAUUUUGGCAUGUAUUGAAGAUUGUCAUUAAAUGAUUUAUAUUGAUAAAUGUAAACAUUGGAUCUAAAGAGCUUCAGUAAAAAAACAAGAAUACAAUUAAAAAAAGAAAAAAAAGUAACUUUCAACAGGGCUCGAACCACUGACCAAUGGAGUCAUGGAGUAAACGUCCACCGCUAAGGCCACUCGGCCAUCCGUGGUCAUACAAAAAGAGAUGUAUUUUAUACUUUAUAUAAGCAACCCUCGUUGUUUCACAAAAUAUAACGACAAACAGCACUCUCCAAAUUAUUAAAUCGUUUCGCUUUGCAACGUUUUAUAAUGUUCAGGUUUUUAAAUCGUAAAAAGAUGCAUAUAAUGGAUAUUUUAGAGCAUGGUAAAUAUUCAGUAUUAUUGUUUCCUCACAAUAAUCAUAACUUAAACAAAAAUGUGCGAAUCUGAGACAACUUUUUUAUUUUGUCAAUUUACCAAAACGUGAAAAGGCCCCUUUAAGUAAAAUAAAUGUUUGGAAAGAAAAUAACAUGGGUCAAAGUGCAAUUAGAGGGAGGUGAUUUAAGCAAUCGAUCAACAAACAUUUAGGCAUUCCGAAACAGAGUUAUAUUUGGGUAUCGAGAAAAUUUUUAUUUUAACUACAUAUAUGUAAGUGGUAUGUCUUUCACUUUUUUAUAUCUUUAUUUUGCAUUUCUCGUUCAUUUACCCACAAGUCCUUGCAAAUAGUCUUUCAAAAAAUUAAUUCACUAACAUAUAUGUUUUAUGAAUUAUUGAAAUACAGAAUCGCUUUAAUAAAUACUAUAGUUAUGAGAUAUGUUUAUCGAACUGUGAAAAUAAUUGAAACCAUUUAUGCCUAGCGUCUAGAAAAAAAGGCCUUGGCGAACAGCGUGGACCCAGAUGAGACGCCGCAUGAUGCGGCGUCUCAUCUGGGUCGGCGCUGUUUGCUUAAAGGAAUUUCCGUAAGAAAUAUUCUAAAUAUAGAAAUAAAGAUACUAGACAUUCCUAAUUUUGGAAAAAAAAUGAUCCAAUUUAGAAGGAUGGGAGAGUCCACUAGGCAUAAAUGGGUUUAUGAGCCCGCAGAGCGAGAUUAACUCGUGAACACAUUGAGAUACAAAUAUGUCACACGUGUUAUAAACCACCUCUUCAUACUGCAUUGUAAUUUUGUGUUAUGCCAACACAGGCGUUCCUACGCGUCAUUCAAUGUCUGACACGUUUGGCAUGAGUGCUGUUUGGUACGUAAUCGUUGGCUAAUGUGGCGCAUUACCAUGCAAUAAGUGACGUGCGUGACAAGGGAACGCUGCUUGACAUGUUAGUGAAGGGAAGGCUACUCUUGCUCAUGUUCAAUUAUUGCGCGUAAGAGUAAUCUCCCAUCCGAGUUACAAACAGCAUCAUAUACAUUGAAUUUUUAAUAAGUUAAUUGCAAUAACCCUGGACCAUUAUAUUGUAGGAUUUGUACUGUUGUAUUUUAUGUUACUUGCAUGUGAUUUAACAAUUCAAUCUAUGAUGUAACAACCAUUUGCCACAAUUUUGAUUUGGCUUUUAAGUUAUUGACAAAAACACUUAAAAUUAA